UGACAUCUUCUACAUCACAACACACCCACUCUCACAACUAUAGGCUUCUCUGGACUUUUUCUACUUCGAUCAGAUUCCCUAGGGUUUAUAUUUGCAUUUUCAUCCGGACACUAAAACCCUAAAGAUGAGUACAGCCGCUUCAACCAAAGGAGGCAGAGGCAAGCCUAAGUCCUCCAAAUCUGUGUCCAGGUCUUCGAAGGCCGGUCUCCAAUUUCCCGUCGGCCGAAUCGCCCGAUUCCUUAAGAACGGAAAGUAUGCCGAGAGAGUAGGUGCCGGUGCUCCGGUUUACCUAUCUGCCGUUCUUGAGUAUCUAGCCGCUGAGGUUUUGGAGCUAGCUGGGAACGCUGCGAGAGACAACAAGAAGAACCGUAUAGUGCCAAGGCAUAUACAGCUUGCUGUGAGAAAUGACGAGGAGUUGAGCAAGCUUUUGGGAACUGUUACUAUUGCUAAUGGCGGUGUUUUGCCAAACAUUCACCAAACUCUCUUGCCUAAGAAAGUUGGGAAAGGAAAGGGUGAUUUUGGUUCUGCAUCACAAGAGUUCUAGUGUGGGGGAUCUUUUAUAUGGUUUCAUGUAGGACAUGGGCGGAAGUUGUUGUUUUGAGGAUAAAGCCUUGUUAAAGAUUGGCUCUUUUCCACCUUCUUGGUGUCUUGUAAACCCAAAUUCUGGGCAAUUUUAUUUUUGAUGGUUUGAAUAUAGAACAAAGAAAUUCUUCUCUUUACUA